AUGGAAGUUGUUAACGUAUUAGACAGAGAAAGUGUUUCAGUUCGUCAUUUGGCAAAGAGGUUUAAUAUUGGGAAAACGCAAGCAGCUGAAAUUGCCAAAAAUAAGGAAGAUAUCAGGAGUGCCAGUGUUGUUAGAAAUGAACAAUUGUAUUCAGGAAAUGCAAUCAAUGCAAAAAUGUAA